UUUUUGAUACAUUUGACAAACUGACUUACUCUAGUAUUGAAGGAAGAAGGAAAUAUUACUUACUUUUCUUGAUUUUUCUUUCAUGAUAACAAUCCAAGGUUAAUUUAAUCUGUUUUGAUUAAUAUCAACUCUUAGCAAUCAUUUAUCUUCAAUUUAGAUUGGUAAACAUCCUGAAAGACUUCAAACCUAAGCUGAAUCUGACUAAAAAAGCCCAGGUUGGUAUUAAAACCUCUGUUUAUCCAAAUUGUAAACAAUAGCGUCUCAAUAGUGUCCUAUCGCUCUUACCCAAACUAAUUUAAUCUUCUUGAAAGUAGAUUAUCAUCAAUUGACCGACAUUUGUCAAUAAUUAAAUUUUGUGUGAUAGCGAAGAAGACGUUUCCCACAAUCCAGAGGAAAACCUUCCAGAAAUAUGGACGAUAUCUUUGGAUUCAACAGGAACCAUGAUGACAACUACUACAAAAUUCUUGGAUGUGAUAGACUUUCUGAUGUCGAUCAGAUUAUGAAGGAAUAUCGAUUAAGAGCAAUUAAAUGUCAUCCAGAUAAAAAGCCGGAAGAUGAACAAGCAACGCAAGAGUUUGAAAAGCUUCAAAGGGCCAAAGAAAUAUUAACUGACACCGAGAACCGUAAACAGUAUGAUAAAUGGCUUGACUCUGGAAUAUCUCUUCCCUUUGAAAAAUGGUUGAAUAUUUCACGAAAUGUUCAUACAUCAAUACAUUGGAUGAACCGACGUCUAACCAACCCCAUGAUCACAUAUCCAGAGGAAAACCAGCUUUGGAAGCCAAAUCAAUUUAAAUGGGAACGAGAUUAUGAUGAUGAAGUUCUGAGGAAAUUUCGCAAUUAUGAGCUUUAAUGAAAAUCAAGUUGACAAUAUUCCCUUUAUGCAGCAUUGUCAACAGGAUAAAUUAUAUGGCAUGACAAAAAUUGACGAUUCCUAAAAUGAUUAUCUCUACUGUAUUAAAAUAUUGGAGUAUUAUAAUCGCACAAUUAAAUAUAUCAACAUUUCUCUCGCUUAA